AUGUCCAAGCAGGAUUUGAGUGUCACAGCAAAAGUCAUCAAUGGAGGCAUGGCAGGGUUCCUGGGGGUGACCUGUGUGUUCCCCAUUGACUUGGCCAAGACUCGACUUCAGAACCAGCAUGGAAAAGAUAUCUACAAAGGAAUGAUAGAUUGCCUGAUGAAGACGGCGAGGAUAGAGGGCUUUCUGGGCAUGUACCGAGGAGCUGCAGUGAACCUCACCUUGGUCACUCCAGAGAAGGCCAUUAAGCUGGCAGCCAAUGACUUUUUCCGACAGUUGCUCAUGGAAGAUGGGAUGCAGCGGAAUCUGAAAAUGGAGAUGCUAGCUGGAUGUGGAGCUGGAAUGUGCCAGGUGGUGGUUACCUGUCCCAUGGAAAUGCUCAAGAUUCAGCUGCAGGACGCUGGACGCUUGGCAGUGCAUCAUCAUGGUUCGGCCUCAGCACCUUCCUCUAGGUCCUAUACCAUUGGAUCAGCUUCCACACAUAAGCAUCCAUCUGCCACCAUCAUUGCCUGGGAGCUGCUUCGAACCCAGGGCCUGGGUGGUCUCUAUAAAGGUUUGGGUGCCACUCUCCUCAGAGAUAUUCCCUUCUCCAUCAUCUAUUUCCCUCUGUUUGCCAACCUCAAUAACCUUGGUUUCAACGAACUUACUGGGAAAGCUUCCUUUGUUCAUUCCUUUAUGUCAGGCUGUGUUGCAGGUUCCAUAGCGGCUGUCAUAGUAACACCUCUGGAUGUUUUGAAAACUCGAAUCCAAACUCUCAAGAAAGGUCUGAUUGAGGACAACUACAGUGGGAUCACUGACUGUGCCAGGAAACUCUGGAUUCAGGAGGGACCAUCUGCCUUCAUGAAAGGAGCAGGCUGCCGGGCCCUUGUCAUAGCUCCUCUCUUUGGGAUUGCCCAAGGUGUCUACUUCAUUGGUAUUGGAGAAAAGAUCUUAAAGUGUUUUGAAUAA